AUGCAAAUACCCGCCUGCGAGCCCUACUCUCCCGCUGCUCCACCUUCCUCGGAGCCGAUGGACCCCCACCUUCACUGGCAACACCAGCACCGCAAUCAACCACCGCCGCACUGGCACUACCACCGGCGCCAUCAACUCCGACUCCCAGAUGGCAAUUCACCACCUGCCAUCACCUUCCCCUUGCCAACCGCCACACCAGGCGAACCCAGUUUCAGGCGCUUCCCAUCCUCGCCUCCACUGCCACUGGAGGAGUCCACCGACUCCUUCCUCAUCAUUCCUCCAGCACGAGCCACCGACGAAUCGGUGCUAAUGCCACCAUCCGAGGUCCCUCUACCUCCUACACUCCCCUUCUUCCCCUUGGUCAUCUUAACCACUGCAAAUCCUCCUAUCCACAGCUCCUCCGUCUAA